CGUGUGCCUAUGUGUAUGUGAAAGCCACUAUGCGGUCGCUGUGGGAUUGUUGCCGCUUCCGCGCGACACUCUAAGAGAUAAAUACGAAGACCGAGAGGAGCGACCGGCGUCCAGCCAUGGGAGGCCAAAUCACCCGUAACGCCUUGUACGAUUCCCUGGGUGGUCCGUUCCCUGCGUCGUCUCACCGCUGCCACCAGAAGCCGAAGCGCUGCUUGCCCUUACAGCCCUGCAUGGGCAUCCCAGUCAGCCCACUGCUCUUCCACCCCAGCGCCAAGGGCUCACAAAUCAUCAUGGACAUGGCCCAGAGGACAGUCAAAAGACAUGCCAGCUUUUGCAACGCCAUCACCUUUAGCAACCGGCCCAUCGCACUGUAUGAACAGGUCCGGCUCAAGAUCACGAAGAAACAGUGCUGUUGGAGUGGUGCUCUCCGCCUCGGCUUCACCUCCAAAGACCCAUCGCGCAUCAACCCAGACAGCCUGCCCAAGUACGCGUGCCCAGACCUGGUGUCUCAGAACGGGUUCUGGGCCAAGGCCCUGCCCGAGGAGCUCGCCAAUGAGGGCAACCUCGUCGCCUUCUGGGUGGACAAAAAGGGCCGCGUCUUUUACCGCGUCAACGGCUCGAGUCCCAUGCUGUUCUUCAGCGGCGUACGCACCACCGAACCCCUCUGGGCACUCAUCGAUGUCUACGGCCUGACUCGAGGGGUCCAGCUGCUCGAUAGUGAGAUCAUCCCUCCGGACUCUCUUCGUCCACGCUCCUUCACCGCAGUACGAGGCCCCUCGUCCCUUCGACGCGAGGCAGAGUCCUCCCGCCUGUCCGUCAGCCUCUGCGACCUCAACCUGGCCCGAGACGAGGCCAGACUUCGCCUCCCGUGCGCCCCCAUCGCCAACUCCCGCUCCAUUCCACAGAAUUCUCUAAACUCCUUCCUCCCCGCUACCCUGGAAUGCGAGCUGCGUUUCCAUCAGCUGCGCAGCAGCCACCUCAAAGCUGUGGAUGAGCAGACAGUGGCACGCUGCAGUCAUGGGCACGAAGAAGAGGGCACGUUGGUAUUCACUGAGCGUCCGAUGCGCCUCUCAGAAACCAUCUACAUCACAGUGAGCAAGUCCAGCCUGGCUCGCUCAGGCUCGCUCUCCUACGGCGUGACCUCGUGUGACCCCGCCACAUUGCGCCCAAUGGAGCUUCCCUCUAACCCAGAGGAGCUGGUGGACCGCAAGGAAUUCUGGGCUGUGUGCAAGGUGCCCUCUCCACUCCACUCCGGAGACGUCUUGAGCUUCCUGCUUACACAGGAAGGAGAGCUGAUCCUGAACCAGAACGGCACCAGCGCAGGCAUGCAGGCAUGUGUCGAUAACUCCCGCCCGCUCUGGAUGUUCUUUGGUUUGCAUGGGGCCAUCACGCAGCUAAGGAUUUUGGGCUCCAUCCACCCGAGCGAUACUCAAGGCCCAUCCAGUCCUAGCUCACCCUCCUCGUCCUCACCUCACGCUCUUGGAGCAGGCCUUUGCAGUGGCAGCUCAGAACCGACCCUAAAUGCCGGCUGCUCCGGAGCGUUCUGCACCUCCGUCACAGGAACAACCCCAAGCUCACCCGUCCACCUCACCAAGUCCCCCACCUUCCCAUCAUCCUCCGGCUCAUGGCUGGACGAGUGCUCGAUCUGCUACGAGAACGCGGUGGACACGGUUAUCUAUGCGUGCGGCCACAUGUGCCUGUGCUACAGCUGUGGCCUGCGCCUCAAAAAGAUGACCAACGCCUGCUGUCCGAUCUGCAGGAGGGCCAUCAAAGACAUCAUAAAGACCUACCGAAGCACAUAGGAGCCAUACCCCUCCCCCCUUCUGUAAUACAUCAUUCAGUUGGCCCACGAGAGCCAAAACAAAGACACGUAACGAGACCCUCACAUACAGGAAAGAGGUUUCUGGAUCAGGGACAUACUUCAUGGCCUUUCAUGGUUCCCAUGGUGAUGAAUUUGAACCUUAAAGGCUCAGGCAUCCAUCCGCAAAAAGGUCUCUCGCACAGUACAGUUUCAUGCACAGGGCUUUGUUGCUACGGUAACCAGUCGUGACGCUGCUCAGGAAAAAGAGGAUUCUGACUAAAGCUGUCCACAUAGGAGAAGACGGAGACGCAAGACUGUAAAUAGCCACAAGCAAAUCAGGAAGUCAGAGGAGACGUUAACAUCUGAAAUGUUAAUAUCUCCAUCUUAUAUUCGACUUUAUUUGAGCCAUAAGAGACCGGAAGAGUCUCGUCACAGGUGGAAAGCUGGAAACCGUAUUUAACACAGUCAUAGACAUGGAAAUGGAUCUUUUCUUCUUUUUUUUUUUUUCUUUUCUUUUCUUGCUUUACCCCGUUGGCCGCCCGUCAAAACUCGAACUUUUUUUGUCAGAUUCAUGUUAAAUGUUUUCAGUGUCACAAUUUCUGUCUGUGUACAGCUGAGAUUAAGUGCGAGUUAAAACAAACACACAUGUACAGUACAGUAUGUCCCAAACCGCCUCCUGCUCUAUCGCUCUCCGAGCUAACGCUUAAGCUACUAUUCCAGAUAGCUUGCUAAUGCUACAUGCUUUGAAGUCAGAGUUGAUGCAUUCAGUCGAUGAAAGGACCUUGGAGCUCUGAUGACAGUACAAUGCUAAGUGUAAAGCAGUGUAGUGUGAAGCCUCAGUUCCCUGCUGAAACAAACGGAUUAGGAAUUACAUUGGUGCUGCCGGCGCGUUACAGAAGCGCCUGCUGGGGCGAGUAUACUUUGAACUCAUGUUAGUUGUAGGUUCUUUAUUAGAUUUAAAAAUGGGAAACCUUUUAAACAAAUGAAGAUUUUUAGCAUUUCAAGCUAAGCAUUAGCGUGAGAUCUUGGACGAAAUUACAGCUUCUAAGUAGAGCUAGCUACACUUUUGUAACAGGACCAUUAUGUGGCUGUAGUAGUGUGCUUUUAUAACGUGCUGUUAAAGAGGACCACAUGCUAAGGAGGCAUUAUGAGCUAGCUGCUCAGCCGAUGUUUACUAUUGGUGUGAUGUUUUUGUGGUGGUUUUGGGAAACCCGCUCAAAUAUCUCUAUGGAUUUUUUUCCCCCUAAAAUUAGCCAGGAUACCAGAAAUGACAUGGAAUUCAUUUCUAAACUGUUUUGGAUCUCUUCCUGCAAAAAAAUCACGCGGUUUAAGAAACCCUUAAGAUACAGUACGUCUAAUGCAUUAAAGUCAAGAACUCAUUCAAUUUUAUUUUAACAAGCAUUUUAAUCCACACCAGACGCUUUACAGACGAGUCCCGCUCCCCUUGCUUUACACCUAAUUUCUAUUUCUGUCAUUCGCACCUUUGAGUGAAGAGUAAACUCUUGAGAAAUCAACUGAAAUCGCAGAUUUAAUACAGUGCACAUUUUAAUGGCAAAGUCUACAAAGAUCAUUUUAUAGCAACAAAACAAACACUAACAUACCAGUUGUUCAACAUCCCAGUGCCAUAUGUCAUGUUUUCAGAUGAUAUCUGAAAAUGAUAUCUACUGAUAUUAGCAUCGACAUGGUGA